AUGCUGGCUGAUGUUCGAGAGAGUCAACAAGCCACGGUAGCAAGAAUCUUGACUGGGCUGAAUCGAGACAUUGCUGACAAAGUGGGAUUGUCUCGUUUUGAUGAUAUUGAUAAAUUGGUGGAACGUGCUAUUACAAUUGAGAAACAAUUGAAGCGUAAGGGCAAACAGAAAACAUUUGGUACGAAGCCCUUCACAGCAAAUUAUACCAAGAAGGAUGACAAAACCCAAGUGGCCCAAGGGUUCGGUAAAAGAAAAGGUGUUAUCAAGGAUGACACGCCAUGGAACAAACAUGUUGGAGCUGAUCCAGAGAAGCCGAGGAAUCGAGAUAUUAUUUGUUUCAAGUGUCAAGGUCUAGGCCACAUUGCAAGUCAAUGCCCAAACAAAAAAACGAUGAUAUUCAAUAAGUUUGGGGAAUACAAAACGGAAUCUGAAAAUGAGGAGGGGGUUGAUCAAAGAGCAAAUGAGGAAAAUAACACAGAUGAUGAGUCUGAUUCUGGUGUUGGUUUGAGUUUGGUUACCUUACGAGCUUUAAGCACUAUGUCAAGGACCUUUGAUGAGGAACAACGAGAAAAUCUCUUUCAAACUUGUUGCAUAAUUGGAGGCAAAUGGGUUAGCAAUUGCGGAGAGUUGAACAAGCAGGUGACGGUUCCUAUCAAGAUCAAAAAUUAUGAGGAUGAAGUCGUCUGUGAUGUGCUACCGAUGCAAGCUUGUCACCAAGAGCUAAUGAAACUCCCUUCCAAUGUUGCUUCUCUUUUGCUGGAAUAUCAAGAUGUGUUUCCUGAUGAAGUAACCGGAGGAUUACCACCUAUUCGGGACAUUGAGCACCAGGUGGAUCUCAUUCCGGGUGCAUCAAUUCCAAAUCGUCCAGCUUACAAGGCAAGUCCAGAGGAAGUCAAGGAAAUACGGAAGUUUGUUGUGGUUUACUUUGAUGAUAUUCUCAUUUAUAGUAAAUCAAUGGAAGAACAUGUAGAGCAUAUUCGUAGUGUUUUGGAAGUGUUAAGAGCUGAAAAGCUUUAUGCUAACCCGAAGAAGUGCGACUUUUGUGUCGAAAAAUGUAUUUUUCUUGGUUUUGUUGUAGGUGCUGAAGGGAUAAGUGUGGAUGAAGCUAAAACACAAGCUAUUCGGGAUUGGCCAACACCUAAAACGAUCAAGGAAGUUCGUAGUUUCCUUGGACUAGCAAGCUUUUACCGUCGCUUUGUGCGAGAUUUUAGCUCCAUUGCAGCACCACUGACUGAGCUUAUAAAGAAAGAUAAACACUUUGAUUGGGGAGUUUCUGAAAAAGCAUCUUUCGGUUUGCUUAAGAGAAAACUUACUAAUGCUCCUAUUUUAGCUAUACCGGAUUUUACUAAGCCAUUUGAAUUGGAAUGUGAUGCCUCAGGAAUUGGAAUUGGAGCUGUUUUGAUGCAAGGAAAGAAGCCGAUUGUGUACUUCAGUGAGACGCUGAGUGGGGCUGCCCUCAACUAUUCGACGUAUGACCGAGAAUUGUACUCGUUGGUUGGUGCACUUCAAACAUGGCAGCACUAUUUGCGAUCACAAGAAUUUAAUGUUCACACUGACCAUGAAUCAUUAAAGCAUUUAAAGAGUCAACAAAAGCUUAGGAAGUGGCAUGCAAGAUGGGUAGCAUUCGUGGACACAUUCCCUUACUCGAUUCAGUACAAGAAAGGAAAGGAAAAUGUUGUAGCUGAUGCGCUAUCAAGAAGGUACGGGUUGCUAACCUUGUUAGAAUCUAAGCUUAUGGGAUUUGCAUUCAUAAAAGAUAUUUAUGUGAAUGAUGUUGAUUUUUCUGAUAUCUUUGGAAAAUUUGCUACGCAUGGCUUUGGUGAUUAUUAUUUGCAUGAUGGGUAUUUGUUUCGUGUGAAUCGUUUGUGUGUACCUAGGUGUUCACUUCGUGAUGUGUUAAUGGUUGAGCCACAUGAUGAUUAA